CGGUUGGAAAUACGAAAACUUCCGGUGAACUUCCUGGUUUUGUUUGCAUAGCGGCUAACUUUGCUAGCUAUGUCAUUUCCAACUAUUUAAAACGCUCUUUGUAUGUCCGUGAGUCAAACUGUGUUGGAAACGUUAAAACGCACUCUGUCGUUGACAAGACCUGCAAUGGCUUGCUCUUAGUCAUGCAAGUAACGUUAGUUGAAAUGUAGUAACUGUUAGCUAACGGCUAACUUGACAGCUAAUGUAGCUAGGAUAGGAAUAGGAUAUGCUGUUAGGAAGUUAGCCGGCCAACACUGAUUAUGUUUCUGCUUAUUCGUCUGUUAUGCUUCUACUUGUUUUAAAUAACUUCUGCGCUAUGGACACCGAGGGAAUAGAGAUCCGUAUAAAGACUCCCGUCGGGGAUAUGGACUCAUCCGUGGACUGCCCAUCACUUUUGAGCUUCAAUGACUUGUUGGUCGCUAUAAGGGAUGUCAUGCCCGAAACCACAAUCACUGCGUUUGAAUAUGAGGAUGAGGUGGGCGAUAGAAUCACUGUGAGGAGUGAUGAAGAACUCAAAGCCAUGUUGUCAUAUUACUGCAAUAAUGUGAAGGAGCAGCGGAUGAAUGGCCUACUGCCUGAGCCUCUCCAGAUAUUUCCUCGAGCCGGCAAGACUCCAGGGAUCCGGAACAUACACGGCCUGAAGGUGAACACAAGGCCCAAUGACUGUUCCCCCGCCGCCAUCGGCUCUAUGCCCAACAAUAGUCCCAGUCUAAAGAAGUCCUCCGCAGAACUAAAGAAGAUUUUGACUAAUGGACAGAUCAAUGGCCAAGACAUACAAUACCAGGAGCAGCUUGGCCAUGGAAACGGAGGGACCGUGUACAAAGCGUACCAUCUUCUCGGCAACAGAGUGUUGGCGGUGAAGACCACAGCUAGCACUGAGAUGCAGAGCCACUGCACCAGUCAGGAGGCCCCUGUAACUGAGCCUGUUUAUUAUUUUUGCAGCCUUUGCUGUCACCCUUAUUGUCGUGUUUUUCUCUUUCUACAGUUGGCACUGGGCGCUUUCCCCUAUCCACAGAUUCAGAAAAACCAAGGAUCUUUAAUGCCUCUCCAGUUACUGCAAUGCAUCGUUGAUGAGGAGCCUCCUGUUCUUCCUCUGGGUCAGUUCAGCCAGAAGUUUGUCCACUUCAUCACACAGUGCAUGAAGAGACUCCCCAAAGAGAGGCCUGCUCCUACCAACCUUAUGGACCAUGCCUUCAUCCUGCUCUACGACGAUGGCAAUGCGGAGGUGGUGUCCAUGUGGGUGUGUCGCUGCCUAGAGGAGCGGAGAGCCCAGGCUCAGGGACAGAUGUGACCCCCGUAAACACAGGAGAUCACAGAGAAGUUAAGUGGUCGAGGGUAUCAUGUAGGGCCAGGAUGACACCAGUAUCUCUAUACUCGUUAAUAUCGUGGCAAAGAAACAAAACACCAAGCGAUUUUAACUUCGUUAGGAAAACAGUCCUGAUGUUGGAAACAAAACAUCAUUAUGAUGUCAUCCAGAGUCACAUGUAUUUAUUUUCUAUCUAUAGCUCACAAUAUUUUACAUACAGCAGGUGUUUAAAGGACUGAAAGAGUUUGGUCUGCUUUGUGUUUUCAUUUUUGCCAUAGAAACAAUAUUGAGAUACUGGUAUGGUCCCGGCCCUAAUAUCAUGCCCCAAUCUCUCUGGACUUUCACCAUUCGUGAACCCCAGGAGUGGACAGUAAAUAUCAAAGACACGGUUUCUAAAACGUAUUGAAGACGUCCAUGGUGUAAAGAGGCCGUUUGUACGUCCAACGUCAGUAAGCCAAGAGGAUACUGGAUCUUUACAACUGAACGUUCGUUGCAAGUGGAACUUUGUUAUCUGGGCCCUUGGCGUGUUGACUGAUGUCUUGAUGGUGUAUGCUGGCGACUCUUACACUCCAAACCUGGCCGUGUGUUGACUGAUGUCUUGAUGGUGUAUCCUGGCGACUCUUACACUCCAAACCUGGCCGUGUGUUGACGCUGCUUUAUCAAUGAAUUUACAAGUGAGUGGGGCUUAUUCCGUGACUGUUUGCCUACUGAGUUAUUUCUAACUCAGAGAGACUUUAGACAGAAUGUCAGAGUAAGUGAUCAACGAUGAGAUGGGGCUUGAAAACCCAAAUGGCUUUACAAUAACAAAGAAGUGCUAUUUUCCAGGAUGACGCUCGGACAACCUGUUACGCUUUAUUGUUGGCAGCUUUCUAGUGGAGGUGUGGCGGUGUGUACGGCAGUAACCCCUGUGUGUGUACGGCAGUAACCCAUGUGUAUGUUACCCAUGUGUGUGUACGGCAGUAACCCAUGUGUGUGUACGGCAGUAACCCAUGUGUGUGUACGGCAGUAACCCAUGUGUGUGUACGGCAGUAACCCCUGUGUGUGUACGGCAGUAACCCCUGUGUGUGUACGGCAGUAACCCCUGUGUGUGUACGGCAGUAACCCCUGUGUGUGUACGGCAGUAACCCCUGUGUGUGUACGGCAGUAACCCCUGUGUGUGUACGGCAGUAACCCAUGUGUGUACGGCAGUAACCCCUGUGUGUGUACGGCAGUAACCCAUGUGUGUGUACGGCAGUAACCCCUGUGUGUGUACGGCAGUAUCCCAUGUGUGUGUACGGCAGUAACCCCUGUGUGUGUACGGCAGAAACCCCUGUGUGUGUACGGCAGUAACCCCUGUGUGUGUACGGCAGUAACCCCUGUGUGUACGGCAGUAACCCCUGUGUGUACGGCAGUAACCCCUGUGUGUGUACGGCAGUAAUCCAUGUGUGUGUACGGCAGUAACCCAUGUGUAUGUUACCCAUGUGUGUGUACGGCAGUAACCCCUGUGUGUGUACAGCAGUAACCCCUGUGUGUGUACGGCAGUAACCCAUGUGUGUGUACGGCAGUAACCCCUGUGUGUGUACGGCAGUAACCCAUGUGUGUGUACGGCAGUAACCCAUGUGUGUGUACGGCAGUAACCCCUGUGUGUGUACGGCAGUAACCCAUGUGUAUGUUACCCAUGUGUGUGUACGGCAGUAACCCCUGUGUGUACGGCAGUAUCCCAUGUGUGUGUACGGCAGUAACCCAUGUGUGUGUACGGCAGUAACCCAUGUGUGUGUACGGCAGUAACCCAUGUGUGUGCCUAAUGUUUUUACAAUGACGUUUCUGUGACAUUACUUUACCUCAUCGAGAUACAUAUAUAUAUAUAUAUAUAUAUAUAUAUAUAUAUAUAUAUACGAAAAUAUGUGGACACCACUUCAAAUUAGUGGAAUUGGCUAUUUCAGCCACACUCGUUGCAGACGGGUGUAGAAAAUCGAGCACACAGCCAUGCACUCUCCAUAGACAAACAUUGGCAAUAGAAUGGCUUUACAGAAGAGCUUAGUGAAUUUCAAAGUGGCACCGUCACAGGAUGCCACCUUUCCAACAAGUCAGUUCGUAAAAUUUCUGCCCUGCUAGAGCUGCCCUGAUCAACUGUGAGUGCUGUUAUUGUGAAGUGGAAACGUCUAGGAGCAACAACAGCUCAGCGGCAAAGUGGUAGGCAAUGCAAGUUCACAAAAUGGGACCGGCAAGUGCUGAAGCGCGUAGUGUAAAGAUUGUCUGUCCUCAGUUGCAACACUCCCUACCGAGUUCCAAACUAACUCUGGAAGCAACGUCAGCACAAUAACUGUUUGUCGCGAACUUCAUGAAAUUGGUUUCCAUGGCCAAGCAGCCUUACACAAGCGUUGGCUGGAGUGGUGUAAAGCUCGCCGCCAUUGGACUCUGGAGCAAUGGAAACGCGUUCUCUGGAGUGAUGAAUCACACUUCACCAUCUGGAAGUCCGACAGACAAAUCUGGGUUUGGCAGAUGCCAGGAGAACGCUACCUGCCCCAAUGCAUAGUGUCAACUGUAAAGUUUGGUGGAGGAAUAAUGGUCUUGGGCUGUUUUUCAUAGUUUGGCCCCUUAGUUCCAGUGAAGGGAAAUCUUAACGCUACAGAAUACAAUGACAUUCUAGACGAUUCUGUACUUCCAACUUUGUGGCAACAGUUUGGGGAAGGGCCUUUCCUGUUUCAACAUGACAAUGUCCCGUGCACAAAGCGAGGUCCAUACAGAAAUGGUUUGUCGAGAUCGAUGUGGAAGAACUUGACUGGCCUGCACAAAGCCCUGACCUCAACCUCAUCGAACACCUUUGGGAUAAAUUGGAACACCGGCUGCGAGCCAGGCCUAAAUCGCCCAAUGUCAUUGCCUAACCUCACUAAUGCUCUUGUGGCUGAAUGGAAGCAAGUCCCCACAGCAAUGUUCCAACAUCGAGUGGAAAGCCUUCCCAGAAGAGUGUAGGCUGUUAUAGCAGCAAAAGGGUGACGAACUCCAUAUUAAUGGCCUUGAUUUUGGAAUGAGAUGUUCGACAAGCAGGUGUCCACAUCCUUUUGGUCGUGUCGUGUAUAAUGGCCUCAGUAGUAGUAGUAGUGAUACAGGGCGACCAUUUUGCUCACAUAUGCAUCUAAAUAUUUUGCUGUGUGAAAAUCAUCUAGAUAAUUGUUGCAAUGAUUGCUUCACUGUACCGCAGCUCCUAAGUGCCAUGGAGAAUACACUGAGUGCAGAUUCAUGACAGUCAUGCUUGCACCAUUACUACAAAGAAAAUAGCUUGUUACGUCAAAUAUUUUUUAUUGUGCUCUUAAAUUUCUUUGUGUGCUGCUAAAUUUUUCAACUUAGGUGCACACGUGCUCCUUGUAAAAAUUUUAAAAAAGGUUAGCGUAGAGCCCUGUAGUAGUAGUAGCAGUAGUAGCAGUAGUAGUAGUAGUAGUAGCAGUAGUAGUAGUAGUAGAAGCAUUGCUUGGGGAUCCUACCCUUUACCAGGCCACAUUGUGGGGACUCUUCAACCACUCAGUGCCAUGGAGUUCUACUCUUCUAUUCUUCCAAACCUGUUAAUUAAUGAUGCAACACAAACAAACUUCACAACAACUUUGAGAAAAGUCUUAAAGUACUUUCCAUUUGUUAUUUAUGUUAAUUUGGAGACGAGCACCAGAUUUAUGGUUGAUGAUUCCAUUAACUCACCACCUGUAUAACCAUAUUUAUAUUAUUAUUCAAAUAUACUCCUUCACGUUGACUUCAUUUGAUUGUCCUUGACGUGGAACUGACAGCAUUUUAACUACUUUGCAGAUAUGAAACUACCAUAUCAGUAAAAAAUAUACAAUUCCCAGUUUAUGCUACAAAACCAACUUGUCAGAGGUUUUAAAAAUAGGUUAUAUUUGACAAGAACAUCCAUGACGUACAGUAAGGCAUUGUUGUCAGAAUAAAUGGAUAUAGUUCAAUGUAUGAUUAAUAUAGUCCCAAAAAAUUGCUAUCAGGUUGUAAAUUGCAGCUGGCCUGGUACACUGCAGCCUCCACCCAAUUCGGGAUGCUUGGUUUGUUUCAAUGACUCAAUCUUUUUUGGACAAAAACAGCUGGGAAUGUCAAUAUAUUCAAACUAGCAAGUGCAGUGAUCACAAGUCAGUCAUAAUGUGGCUAAUAGGCUAGCGUAUCUAUUUAGCAAGGUAAAAACACUGAGCCAAACGUUAGCUAGCUAGCUUCUGGGAAGUAUUGGGAGGAGGUCGGAGUCAUUGGGUGAGUGAGUGACUUUUUCCCCUCCGUUUUUUGGUGGCUACAGCUAAGAGAUGCAGGUGUCGUUUGGUUAGCUAGCAAGCAAGAAAUGUGAAUAGCUUUGCUAGCUAGCUAUGCUGACUGUUAUUCAGUUAGCAUAUAUCUUGCAUUCGUAAAUUAAUUCUGGCUAUCCACUCCGCCAGGGCGCAGAACCACUGACGAGUUUACGACGCGCAACACCCGCUGAAUAUGACCGUGUCAGUAAACGUAAGAAAAAAACGUAAUUCAAUUGUUGCCAGCAGCACAGUUAGUCACUAACUCUCUAGAUAAAAUGAAAACAGCCUAACCAGCUUUGCUAGGGUGCGUAAAAUGGUCAGAGUGAGAUGUUCUCUCAUUUGUAUCGAAGUAGCUAGCCAACUUUAGGCAGAGAUGGCUUAGGUGCUUGACUGCUGUUGAGGGACGCUGGGAUCAACGCUCCUCCGCGGACAGAGCGCACACUGCACUUAACGCUCGGUGAGAGAAACGCGCGGAAUGUACAGACAAUCUGACAACGCUCCAAAUGUAUGAAUACAGAGUGUACUAACACACGGGAAGCAAUUUACAAACGCACCCUUAGUUGUCAAUCAAAUGUAUUUGGCAUCAAUCAAAUGGACAGGCAGGCAAAUUCCCAUUCCGUUGUCAAAAACUAGGUUGGGACAAGCAUGCAUUGGCAGACAGGCUGCAGAACAGUGAGCAGGCUACUAUUCCCUUUUGUUUAUCAGUGCAAUUAUGACUGCCAACUAGCUGAAAUAAUUUGAGAGGGUUUAUCUAAUGUUCUCUCGUUAGAUUUUAGCUCAUCUCGCUCUGGCUAGCAUUAGUUGUUGAUCUUGUUGUGCAUAACUACGAUAGAGAGACUACCUUUUCAUGGUUGUUUGAUCAAUGACUGGAAAGUUCCCACAUGUAAGAAGACUGCUGUGGUAUUCACACACAUUUAUUUGCAGAAAUAAGUUCAGGUGUAUUUUGUGGCUUUUGGAGAAUGCGUUCUAAUGAGCUAAAGUCGCGCUGUUGCUACUGCCUGUAAACACACAGUCCAGUUCAAAGUAAAUGAUGGCAGGGCCCUGUGACAAAUUGCUUAUUUGCAUAAAGGCCUACUGUAGCUCUGAUUGGCGCACCCAGUCUGUGUGGACUCCGGUCCUGGACGAGACAGAUGUUUUUAAUAGGUUUUAUUUACUGCAGUGUCUACUCAUUGUCCAAACACACAGACGCUUUUCCACUCUAUAUUGCUAUAGAAUUUUCACAAAUGCCUUACUCUACGUCAUUUCAAAACAUUCUAUACAAAUGUGAAAAGGACCAUAUCUAAGUGCUCGUUUGUCAGAAAAUGUAAAAAUAUAUAUAUAUAAAAUAUGUAAUUGUUCCUGGGGGUGUAUAUAAACAGGACUUUAAGAUUUCAUGUUGCUAAAAUGCUGUCAGUUCCACUUUAAUGCCUAGGUUGCUUGGUGCAGACGGUAUUGCAUUUUCUUAAUGAAUAUUUCAAUAGAGAAACCUGGACCAGUUGUGUGUGUGUGUGUGUGUGUACUAUACGAGUUGCCUGAAGUAUGGGUUAACAGUAACAGUGGGAGGGGAUUAUAUUUAAAGAGAAAUCAGUUAAAGGAGUCAUUCACAGUUCAGCACAAUCAGCUUUUACUCCUGUUUUAUUUGACAUGGUACACUGGAAACAUUUGCUUCACUUUGUUCUCCAAAUGAUUCCCAUCAAUG